ACCUCCACUAAAACUGACUAAACAGGAAGCUGCGGCCAUUUUGAGAAUUUAUCAUUUCCUGCUUUUCUUCGGAAUCACACAAGAGGAGGAAAGCAUCUUCACAGGAUUUUUCCUAUUGCUAUAGAAUAUUACAACAAAUUUGAUACAACACUUUGAUACAUUUUAAAGAUCUGUAUGCUGUGAGGUUUAUAGACAAUUGAAGUAAGUUUAGUGCUGACACCAGGGAUGCGGCUUUAGUUUAGAGACUGCUGUAACUGGCUAUCAGAAACGAAGCAUAAGGACAAUCAUCAGAUUUGAUUGGUUUCCAUAAAAUAGAAUCAUCAUGUCUAACAUGCCACCUAUUCGCCGGACAAUUAAAAAUGUUGUCCGGAAUUAUUCAGAAGCUCAAGUGAAGGUGCGUGAAGCGACUUCAAAUGAUCCAUGGGGUCCAUCAAGUACACUUAUGGGAGAGAUUGCGGAUUUAACGUACAAUGUUGUAGCGUUUACAGAGGUCAUGCAGAUGGUCUGGAAGAGACUGAAUGAUCAUGGUAAAAAUUGGCGCCAUGUGUAUAAGGCAUUAGUAUUAUUGGAUUAUAUUAUCAAAACUGGGAGUGAAAAAGUUGCCCAGCAGUGUAAGGAAAAUAUAUAUGCCAUUCAGACACUGAAAGAUUUCCAGCACAAGGAGGAUAAUAGGGAUCAAGGCAUGAACGUACGGGAAAAGGCAAAACAGCUUGUGGCUCUGUUGAAGGAUGAUGAGAGGUUAAGAAAUGAACGAGCAAAGGCACUCAAAGCAAAAGAAAGAUUUGCACAGAGUGCCAUGGGAAUAGGAAGCGAUAAUAAGAUAAAGUAUGGUGCUGGAAGCCCAAGUCUAGAGGCCAGCUCUGCUGGAUAUACUGAUCCGUAUGGAGGUGCCACAGGAGACGCUCUCAGUGGUGGAGGCAGUGAAACUUCAUCGCCUACAGAAAAUACUGGANAUGACAUCAAACUUCAGAUGGCCCUGGAUGAGAGUAGAAAACAUGCUGUUGAAGAAGAAAGGAAGAAGGACACAAGUAAAAAGCCUGAAUUACCUGGUAAGAAGGGAAAAGCCCAGCCAUCAGAUCCCUGGGGAGUCCCAGCCCAGCCAGCUCCAACUGACCCCUGGGGAAGUCCACUGCCUGGACCACCAGGCCAGGCUCCUAAGGCACAGCCCCCACCCCCUUCAGCUGUGGAAGACCCCUGGGGAUCACCGGCAAAAGUUCAAGCUCCUGCCAGUAACCCUGAUCCUUGGGGAGCCCCAGUGAAUGUCAGUCCUGUGCCGCCCCCAUACCCCACAACAGCUUCAAGUACAGAUGCUUGGGUAACGUCUAGUGGCACGUCCAAUCAAAGUUCUCCCUGGGGAUCACCAGCCCCUCCACAGCAAGUGAUGGCCGACACACCAUUCGAUUCCAACUUCACAGCGUCUGGAGGUGCCCAAGUCACUAAUGGAUCAGGUGUUGAUGAUGGAUUUGAUCUUAUCGGCAACAGAAGUGCAGGAAGCUCUCCUGCUAAAAAUAAUAAAGAGUUAGAGGCAUUUGAUCCUUUAGGAGAACCAAAGAAGGAGGACACAUGGAACAUGAGUGGCAUGAGUGAUGGACUGACCACGGCCCAGCAACAACAACAGAAACAUAGAAAGACUCCACAGGAGUUCCUGGGCGACAACGCCAGCCUGGUCAACCUCGACCAGCUUGUAACCACGGAAAACACUCAAGUCAACAACCCAUUUGCUGCAAAAACUACCAAUCCUUUUGAAAUUCAACAGCAGCAGCAACAACAGAUGACGAGAAUGACACUUAAUCAGAUACAGACAAAUACAUACAACACCGGAUUCUCACAGCCAAGUUCUUCAAGCUUACUACCAAAUCCCCUCGUUCCAAUGAAUAACGGCGCUAUGCAAUCACAGAACCCCUUCUUAUGAAAAUGUGAUACAAUAAGAUUAAUAUAUUGACGAACUUGUAAUUAUUAUAUAUAUAUAUAUAUGAUUGAGCUGUCUGUAUAUCAUAGUAUCCCAUACACACGAUGGAGUACACUAACUUUAUAUAGUGAUGCAUCAGAUGCUACCCUUUUAUCUGUGAAUAGGUAAAGGAACAUGUUCUGUGCAUAUAUUGUCAUGCAUUUUGUGAUGAAUGGGAUUUUUUUUGCCCAGCCUGUUUUGAGACGGUCAUAUGCUAUUUCUUGCUAUAUUGGAGUUAGCAGGUGACCUGAUAUAAAGGCCUCUGAGAAAUGAGUAACACACUUAUUUAUUAUGAUUGAAUGCACACAUUACAAAUGAUGUUUUUGGAGACGUUUAAUAAAGGCAAUGAUUUACAGCAGAAAACAUUCUUUUGGAACCUAUUCUACAUCAAGUCCAACAUAAUUCUCAGUCUGAUUUGUUAAAUUUAGUAUUUCAACAUUAUUGUUGCUUCGGCAAGGAUUCUUUCAUUUGUGAUAUUUAGAUUUAGGUUGUAGAGUUGAUGAAUGAAAACUUUUGUUUAAGUGCUGUUCAAGAACAUGAGAAUCACAAUAUGUGUAAGUUUUGUUGUCAGAAUUACAAGAUGUUUGUUUUUAUUUAUUUGUUACUUAUUGUGUGUUUGUCUUAGCUAAAAAUUUUGUAUGUCUUGUGCUUGAGAAUUCACAGUAUCAUUUUGAUGUAAAAUAUUUUUUGAAUAUGUAUAAUACAGGUGUUAAAAAGGACAUUAUAAUUACAAAAGAUAUAAUAAUGUUUGAGAAGAAGCUGCAUUUGAAGACAGUUGUAUGUUUCUAGUCCAUACAUCAACACAGAUGAUAUCUUGAUUUAAUUUGGGUUGAACAACAAAGCUGUGGUAUAUUUUGUUUACUUACUUGAGAGCCAGUCAUGUAUUGCAGUACCCGUAAUCUGUUUUAAGCUGCAAAAAGAAACUUGAAUUAAAUUAACAGGAGUUGAAUGAGGGUAUAUAUUAAAAAAAAAAAAAAAAACUUUUUGAAUUGUAAAUUUCAAUGUCAGUAUAUUACUUGUAUGUGAUAUACAUAUAUAUAAUAUCAGCAUGUCAAGUCCUUUGUCAUAUGAUACUACAUGUAUUUCAAUUAACUACAUAACACCCAACAAUAGUGAAACACUUUUACAGGGAAUUCAAAUUUGUACGUGAUUUACAAAUUCACUCUAUUACAUUUUAUAUCAGAAGAGGUCUAAUUUUGAUUAUUUUGGUCUACUCUGUACCAGCUGGUGAAGCAACUCCUCCCUACUAAGUAUGGUACUGCGUACUUUGUAUUUAUCUUAAAACUCCUCAAUGAACAAAACAGGCUGGGCCAAAUAAAACGAAUGAAGACUGGCUUCAGAAUUUUUUCACGUUGCUAUUCAAUCCAUAAUUUAGGUGUAGUAUAACCGGAAGUGUAAACUGCUUUUCAUUGUUACAAAAUGUUGGUUGUAUUUUCUUCCUUGAACUCUGUAUAUAAAUAUAAUGUUCAUGGGUAUAUUUGUAACUUACUGUGUAAUUUCAUUUAUUUUACUCAUAUAAAUGUACAAUAACUGGUUAGCCUAAAAGUAUCAACUUGUGUGUUGCAUUGGAAUAUAAAUGUGAUUGUCCUUUUGUUUACUAUUAGAUUGGAGAAUGAAAUAGUUUGAAUGAUCAUUGUUUGGCCACUUCAAGUUAACCCUUCACCACUGUGGACCAUAAUGGACUUAUCCUGAUCAAUGCAUGGUAGAGACUACUAAAGUUACAUAGGGGUGAAAGGGUUAACAAAUCUAUAAAGACCGGCUUGCCCUGCCGAUCACAUGUUGAAAGUGAUAUUCUUGAGAGUUAUCAGGAUUGAGAAAUACAUCUUAAUCCCUGGGUAUGAUUGAUUCUCAUGCGCUACACGGCUUGAAUCUGAACUGUAUGUGUCUUCACUGUCGGUUCUUAAUUUGACAGCUGCAGCUUGAGUGAAAUAUUGAAUUCUGGUUGUGUUUGAAAGAUCACAACAGUUGUUUGCUAUAAAUGGAUGUGAUGGAUUCUCAGCUUCAGUAAGUUCAACUGUAUACUGCUAGGAACAAUGAUAAAUGAUAUGGUAUCAAACUGUGUUUUUGUAUACUGUAACCAUUGGAUAUGUGUAAUGUAAUACUAGUUGCUGACUGUGAUUUCUAGUUUUUUAUGUCCCUUGGACGCUUAUUAUAUCAAUAAACAGGGUUUCAAAAAAAAUUAAAACGCCAGAUAAUGUGAAUUGAUAGGAUUAAAAAAAAAUCUGUAAAUAAAUUGAUGCAAUAUAUGUUUCAUAUAGAUUGAUAUCAAAAACAUUAUUAACUGUAUUGAAACAUGAAACAUGAAUUUGGUCUAACGUAUAGUAACAUAGCUGUAUGUAAUUGUGCCAAAUACUUUUUGAUUUUGUAAAACUUGCAUGGAUAUGACCAGCUAAACAGAUCAAUUGAUUGGAAACUCAGUAAUUGUAUUACAUCUUUAAACAGGUUUUGGCAAAUUUUUGACAAAAUUGAUUUUCACAGUCUGAGACUAUGAUUUGUUGGUUUCUUUUUCUCACAAAGACAUUUUGUAGACCGGAAAACAGGAAGGGACAAACGUUUUUCUUUAUUUAUGUAUGGUGUUCUUUUCUACAUAGGCUAUUUUUUUUACCGUCAAAUAAAACCGAAUAAUUCCUAAAGCUGGAUAAGUUCCGUCCUUUCUAAUGAUAAUGUUCAUGACUGGUCCAGAGUUAUCCCCACUUAAUAGAAAAAAAAUCCCGACUAGAAAUGUGCCAUUUGUUUCUUUCUUUUUAAUACCAAUUUAUUCUAUGCCCUAUUCUGUAAAAUGGAUAGUUCGUGCUCAAGAUAUUUUGUUGCAUUUCUUAAAGUCCCCAACAAUUUGCUGUUAGAAUAGCAGUAACAUUUCUGUAUUUAUUGGACCCUUUCUUCUUCAAUAUAGAGAAGUAAAAUUUUAAGAUCGGAACAAAGGUUAAAAAAAGAAAAAGUUAUUUUUUUUCAAUUUUCAAAGUUUUAAGCAAAUUUGGCACUAUGCAGCUGCAUUCUGUACCCGAAAUGUCAUUAGGUAUCAAGUAGUACUGCAUGGUAACAUAAUUUUAUGAUAGAUCUGAUGAUUGUGACUUGCAGCAUAUGAGUCGCAUACAUACUUUUAAGAUCUGAUAUUGUUCCUAUUGUUACACAUUUUGUUAUUGUCUAAUUACGUUAUCACUUCAACCAUAACACUUCAUAUCUUUUCUCAAUUUUUUUGGGAUUUGUUGGCCAAACAUUAUGCUGUAACCGACAAAAUUAAUUGUUAUUUUGAAUUUUGCUGGCUUACCCCAUCACUGUAAAUGAUAUUUAUUUUAUACCACCGGAAUUAUCUUCUGUCUUUGUGUGUUCAUGUAUUUUGGAUAGAUAGGACAAUGUCCCCUUAUAUCAAUACAUGUACAAAGUAAUACUGACUGGGGUAGAUUUAUUUCCAGUUGUGAAUUACAUGAUGUAAUGGUUUUGUUUUAGGUUGAGGAGUUACUUCUGUAGACUUUAUUAACGCGGACACCAAAUAUUCCAAAAGCAAAAUCAUGAAAAAUUAUAAGUCUAGAUAAAUAAAACUGAAAUGGCCACCAUGAAACUGUUGAUUGCUGAACCAGGAAAUCAAUAUGGGUUCAGAACGUUUUUUUUUUUAACUUUACGAAUAUUUUCACUGAAUGUUUAGGGAUAAAUACAAGUCAUAUUGGUACCACUUGGCCAAUGUGUUACUUUCACAGGUGCACUUAGAUAAAAUACCACAAGCGAAAUUUAAAGAUCACCAUUUUAAGGCAUUUAUUGCAAAAAUAGUGAAAAAACUUCUUUUUUUCAAUACAGUUAGUUUCCCCAACAUGGUGUUGUGUGCCUGAGGAGAAUGAUAAAUUAGCUAAAAAAAAAUCACCUCACCAUAUAGGUGCCAAACUGUAGCUGGCAGAAUCAGCUGUUCUGGAUGAGUUUCAUUGGAAUGUUAGUACAGAUCCCAGACAGAAGUACACCACAUGAUAGAAUUCCAUGUACACAUGUACUAGAUCACUUUGUGUUUAAUCUGCUAUUGUAUAUGUAUUGUCUUUUAUAAAAUGAUGAAUUAGUCAUGUUUUUUGACAACACUUUUGCAAUAAUAGGUCCAUACAUGACCACAAAACCUGUCUUAGCUGAUCCCUCUCUAUUCUGAUUGGUUCCAUUAUGAUAAAAUGUGACUAAUAUCCACCUGUGUGGUUCGAUACCCUGUGUACUUCCUAACCCUUUAGUCAGACAGGACAGGUGUUACAAACUUUACCUCCAAUAUAAGUUCUUUUGUGUUUUGUUUUUUUAUAUGUAAAACAUGUCUGAAUCAUGUCAUCGUAACUUGGUAAAAGUCAACUUGAUUGUCCUUUGUAAUCUUCCAUCUGUAUAUAUAUUUCAUACUAAUAAUGUAUACUUGUUAUUUAGUCCUUAACGACCAUUACUACUAUUAUUAUUAUUAAUUCAUUUAGCAUAAAAUUUUGAAAAGAAGAAAAUCUCAGUUUGCAUAGAACCAACAUGUAUUUCCAGCUGUGGUUGGUGGGAUAUCUGAAUGACAAUGUAUUGUGUUUGUGACUGGUAAAUCUGUCCUUCAUCCCUUUUAAUCGGUCCUUGCCUAUAAGUAGCUAUUUCUAUUAUUACUCUAGAACGGUAAUUAUUUCCUUUAUCAUAAAUGAUGCUUCGUACAGAGCAUGCCAUCGUCCGUCUAUUUGUUUUUUUCUAAAGAACCAAUUCUGGGUAAUAACUUUUUGUUCCAGCCAAUAAUUGGUUUUUACAUUGAAAGUAUUUUGAAAAAGAAAUCUCUACUGAGUGUUGCUUUGAAGAUAAUGCCUUAGGUCUAGUGAGAUAUAUUUUAUAACUAUGAAACUUGAUUUGCAAACUUGCAAUGUUAUCAAAUAUGACUUGAUGAUUAGUCAUUAAACAUCUAUGAAAACAG